ACUGGCUGAAAUACAACACAGCCGUCUGGCAGCCUUCACCAACGCAAACCCGAGAAGAAUGAAGGAAGGGUAUGCGCAUGCGCGGUGGAGAGCGGCGGCGGAAUAUGUACAUUGAGCACGAUGGCUCAGCGAGGGAUGAGAGACGAACUUAGAUCGCUGCCUGGCUCCUGUCAAUCACUCCGCUGUUUCUAGAGGGGACAAGGAAGCUGCGGGGGGCGUGGCCCAGAGUGAGUCCCGGCUGUACAGCGCAGACUUCUCACACACUGGACUAGACAUGGCUGAGCUGGAGGCAGACUGGGAGCUGGUGCAACUGAAGCAGCAAAAAGAACAUUGUAAUAUGGAACAUCUCGACCAUGAAACAGGAAAAAUCAGCAGUAAGGGAUUCUCAUGGAAGCUCAUUAUGGCUGCAGUUGUUGGGGCCCUUGGAUCUUCCUUUCUGUAUGGAUACAAUCUGUCUGUAGUGAAUGCACCUUCACUGUAUAUACGAGAGCUUUAUAAUGAGAGCUGGGCAGCACGAUACAAUUACACCGUUAGCAAAAGCACCAUCUCUAUCAUGUGGUCUGUCACGGUCUCCAUCUUUGCCAUUGGUGGCCUUGUAGGAGCACUGAUUGUUAUUCCAAUGGUAAACUUCCUAGGAAGAAAAGGAACGCUGCUCCUGAACAAUUUAUUUGCAAUUGCAGCAGCUUUACUGAUGUCCUUAUCAAACGUUGCCGGCGUUCCUGAAAUGCUGAUACUGGGGCGGUUCAUCAUGGGCAUUGAUGGCGGUAUCGCUCUCAGUACCCUCCCCAUGUACUUAAAUGAAGUUUCACCCAAGCACAUCCGCGGAUCUUUAGGACAAGUCACUGCCAUCCUGAUUUGCGUUGGAGUAUUUGUUGGGCAAGUUCUGGGCCUACCCGAGAUAUUUGGAAAGGAAUCCCAUUGGCCCUGUCUGUUUGGAUUCAUUCUGAUUCCGGCACUGAUACAGCUUGUGUUCCUGCCAUUCUUUCCUGAAAGCCCCCGCUAUCUCUUAUUAGAGAAGCAAGACAGGAAGAGAGCUGAGAAAGCAUUCAGCAUAUUUCUCGGGAGGGAGGACGUCUCACAGGACAUUGAAGACGUCUUGGCAGAAACCAGAAUUCAAAGGAAUAUUCGAUUAGUGUCCGUCAUCGAACUAUUUAAGACCCGCUCCGCCAAGUGGCAAAUUAUAACCGUCAUCGUAACAAUGGCAUCUUAUCAGUUAUGCGGUCUCAAUGCAAUAUGGUUCUACACCAACAGUAUCUUCUCUGAAGCUGGUAUUCAGUCUGACAAGAUUCCAUACAUUACCCUAUCAACGGGGGGCAUCGAAAUUCUGGCAUCUGUAAUAUCUAGCUUGACUGUUGAAAAGCUCGGGAGGAGAAUUCUAUUGAUUGGAGGAUUUGGUCUGAUGACAUUGUUCUUUGGAAUACUCACCGUUUCUCUAACAUUUCAGCACCAUGCACCCUGGAUACCAUACAUCAGCAUUGUGUGUAUUCUGGGAGUAAUUGCAUCAUUUUGCAUUGGACCAGGUGGCAUUCCAUUUGUUCUGGUGGGCGAGUUUUUCCCACAGUCCCAGCGGCCAGCAGCUUUUAUGAUAGCUGGUUCUGUCAACUGGAUCAGCAACUUUGCCGUUGGGCUUCUCUUUCCAUUAAUUCAGGAAGGUUUGGGCAACUACUGCUUUCUCAUCUUCGCUGCUAUUUGUUUGGCCGGAGCCCUCUACCUCUAUUUUAUUUUACCUGAAACGAAAAACAAGACUUUCGCUGAAAUCAAUCAAGCAUUUUCCAAAAUGAACAGAAUACCUUCCGCAACGACAGGAAAGGAGAUGUUUCCGGCAGAAGAGAGAGAUGGUGAGAUUAAGGUCUCCCCUAUAUCGAACAACGGACAGAGUCAAAUUGAACUUGAGAAGACACAAAAAACUUGUACAGUUUAGAAAAAAAUGCUUCUAGAACCAAACAUGUGCCAAAACGAACACAGUCUGUUCCACAGUGAACAAACAACAGAUGUAGAGAUCGGAUGAGAUGAUUACCUCCCUUGCUCUGUACCCAAUAUCAUAUCAUAUUAAGUUAGGUUGAAAAAAGACACACGUCCAUCAAGUUCAACAUAUAACCUUCCUAACUGCUAGUUGAUCCAGAGGAAGGCAAAAAACCCUUCUUUAAUGUGCUUAAGUGGGAGACAAUUCCUUCCUGACUCCAAGAUCAGACCAGUUCCUAGAUCAAAUAGUAGAGUUAUUACAUCGCUUGCUAAAAAGACAUCCCACCAAUUCUUGAAACAAAUAUAUUGACCAGUACCACUGAUUCAGGGAGAGUAUUCGACAACUUCACAGCUCUCACUGUAACAAUUAAAGUCUUCGAAUAUUUAGAUGGAACCGCCUUUCUUCUAAUCGGAAUGGAUUCCCUUGUGUCUGCUGGAAGGACCUACUGGUAAAUAAAGAGAGAUUAUUAUAUCAACAACAAACUGUAACAUACUGAACUAAAAAAGUAAUACUUUGGGAAAGCGACUCCCAGACUUAAAGGGAUACUGUCAUGGGAAAAAACAUUUUUUUCAAAAUGAAUCAGUUAAUAGUGCUGCUCAAGCAGAA